AUGUCUACCACGAAUAAUAUUAAUUCUGCUAAAGAAAAGUCCACUACUUUCUCUGAUCCUGAUUAUAAUAGCGCUGCAUACGAUGCUUAUCGUCCAAUGUAUUCGGCCCACCUCUACUCAAAAGUUUAUGCUUACCAUGCAUCACAUUCUUCAUCUUUUUCCACCGCCUUAGACAUUGCGACUGGCACCGGUUACAUUGCCAAAGAACUAUCCAAAACCUUUCAACAAGUGUAUGCUACUGACAUAUCACAAACUAUGCUUUCUUCUGCUUCUAGUUCUCCAAAUAUUCAAUAUUCGGUUAGCUCUGCUGAAGAUCUUUCUCAAUUCCAAGAUUCGACAUUUGACUUAUUGACAGUGGGCCAAGCAGCUCACUGGUUCGAUGGAGAAAAGUUUUUUAAAGAAGCAUGGAGAGUUUUAAAACAAAGUGGAACAUUAGCCAUAUGGGGAUAUGGGUAUCAUGUUGUCGAUGGAUAUCCAACAGCUUCGAAAAAAAUAUUAGAAUUUGGAUCAAAGACAAUGGGUAAUUAUUGGGAUCAGGGAAGAGUAGUAAUAGAAAAUUUGUAUAGAGAUAUUGUGAUUCCUGAUGAAUUGUUCAGAAAUAUUAUUUGGGAAAGGCAUGAAUUUGAUGAGAAGGAAGGAAAAAUGAAGAGUGGUGAAAGUUUUGUAAAUCAGGAAUGGAGUGUUGAUCGAUUGAAAAACUAUAUGAAGACUUGGAGUUCCUACAAGAAUUAUAUGUCCAAGUAUCAAAAAGAAAACCAGAAAAUAGAAGAUCCAAUUGACAAGUUUUUUGAGGAAAUUAAGAAGGAUGAAGAAUGGAAGGAUGACCAGAUUUUAAAAAUUACUUGGCCUUUUGUUCUUGCCUUGGCUGAAAAGUAA